AUGAUUUCAUCUUCGUCAUACUACUCUACGGCGUCACCCCAGGAAAUGAAACGGCCCUCGGAUCCGCGCCCCAGCUCCAGCGUCAUCCUCCUUUCCCCCACAAACCAGGUCCUCCUCCUGCAUCGGGUCAAGACCUCGUCCGCGUUCCCGUCAGCCCACGUGUUUCCCGGAGGCAACCUAUCAGAAUUUCACGACGGAUCGGUAGAACCACCAGGCCACCCCAGGCGGCAUCAAGACAGCUUGCCGUACCGACUUGGCGCGAUUCGGGAAACGUUCGAGGAGAGCGGCAUACUCCUCGCGCGGGACGGGCACGGGACCAGACUGCUGAACUUGCCUUUAGCCGACCGGGAUGAAGCGAGGAAGGCCGUCUACGCGAACAAGGUCCCCUUUGGGACCUGGUUGGAGAGCGUGGGUGGAUAUGCCGAUACAGCAAACUUGAUCCCCUUCACGCGCUGGAUCACACCCCCGGCCACACCGAAGCGCUUCACCACGCAGAUGUACCUCUACAUGCUGCCGCUGCCGACGCCGCUCUCAGCAGAUCCAGCGUGCGCGGCUGCACAAGCAGAGGCGAUUUUGCCUACCCCCGAUGGAAGCGAAGUCACGGUGUCAGUUUUUGAAGACGCCCAAACCUGGCUGCAAAGACAGGCGAUGGGGGAAAUUAUUCUGUUUCCACCGCAAGCUUUCCUGCUUACAUUAGUGGCCCAAUUCUGCACAGGGCCUCCAUCCUCGUUGUCGGCGGACUCUACUUUACACUACAAAGCGCAACGCGAUGCGCUCCUCCAAUUCUUAGACACGUUACCCACAACGUCACACCCAAAAGUACUCAAGAAUCCCACCUCACAUAUACCCUGGAGCGAGAAGGUCAUUUGUCCCGCGACGGCCAUGAUGGCAGGCGAUGGGCGCAUCGUCUUAAGUUUGGAUAAGCCCGGACCAGAGUUAAGGGGGCGUGGGCACGGUGGGGACUUCGAGCGGGUUGUGCUGGUCAAAUUUGAGAGGGGAGGCCCGAGGCGGGUCGAGGUCAGGCGCAGAGAGGAGGUUUUUGAAGAGGAGAGGAGAAGAUUGGAAGGGAAUGAGGAAUAUGGAAGAGCGAGGCAGUUCAAGCUCUGA